GCCUUUUAUGUGCCGUCUGUGACCUAGCUAAAUGUGUUGUCCGUGACCUAGCUAAAUGUGCCGUCUGUGUCCUAGCUAAAUGUGCCGUCCGUGACCUAGCUAAAUGUGCCGUCCAUGACCUAAAGCCUUCAGAUAUGUCUUGCCAUGCUCCAGAUGAAUGAAAACAUUUUUGUACCCCAGACCCAGCCUUAACCACAACCAAGUAGGAAUUUGCCUCAACCAAACAGAAGGAAAAUAUGCCUUAUACCCCAGUACAGAAGGAAACUCUGGCCUAUACCCCAGUACAGAAGGAAGCCCUGCCUUAUACCCCAGUACAGAAGGAAGCCCUGCCUUAUACCCCAGUACAGAAGGAAGCCCUGCCUUAUACCCCAGUACAGAAGGAAGCCCUGCCUUAUACCCCAGUACAGAAGGAAACUCUGCCUUAUACCCCAGUACAGAAGGAAAUCCUGCCUUAUACCCCAGUACAGAAGGAAACUCUGCCCUAUACCCCAGUACAGAAGGAAGCCCUGCCUUAUACCCCAGUACAGAAGGAAGCCCUGCCUUAUACCCCAGUACAGAAGGAAGCCCUGCCUUAUACCCCAGUACAGAAGGAAGCCCUGCCUUAUACCCCAGUACAGAAGGAAGCCCUGCCUUAUACCCCAGUACAGAAGGAAGCCCUGCCUUAUACCCCAGUACAGAAGGAAACUCUGCCUUAUACCCCAGUACAGAAGGAAACUCUGCCUUAUACCCCAGUACAGAAGGAAAUCCUGCCUUAUACCCCAGUACAGAAGGAAACUCUGCCCUAUACCCCAGUACAGAAGGAAGCCCUGCCUUAUACCCCAGUUCAGAAGGAAGCCCUGCCUUAUACCCCAGUACAGAAGGAAGCCCUACCUUAUACCCCAGUACAGAAGGAAGCCCUGCCUUAUACCCCAGUACAGAAGGAAACUCUGCCUUAUACCCCAGUACAGAAGGAAAUCCUGCCUUAUACCCCAGUACAGAAGGAAACUCUGCCCUAUACCCCAGUACAGAAGGAAGCCCUGCCUUAUACCCCAGUACAGAAGGAAGCCCUGCCUUAUACCCCAGUACAGAAGGAAGCCCUGCCUUAUACCCCAGUACAGAAGGAAGCCCUGCCUUAUACCCCAGUACAGAAGGAAGCCCUGCCUUAUACCCCAGUACAGAAGGAAACUCUGCCUUAUACCCCAGUACAGAAGGAAACUCUGCCUUAUACCCCAGUACAGAAGGAAAUCCUGCCUUAUACCCCAGUACAGAAGGAAACUCUGCCCUAUACCCCAGUACAGAAGGAAGCCCUGCCUUAUACCCCAGUACAGAAGGAAGCCCUGCCUUAUACCCCAGUACAGAAGGAAGCCCUGCCUUAUACCCCAGUACAGAAGGAAGCCCUGCCUUAUACCCCAGUACAGAAGGAAACUCUGCCUUAUACCCCAGUACAGAAGGAAACUCUGCCUUAUACCCCAGUACAGAAGGAAAUCCUGCCUUAUACCCCAGUACAGAAGGAAACUCUGCCCUAUACCCCAGUACAGAAGGAAGCCCUGCCUUAUACCCCAGUACAGAAGGAAGCCCUGCCUUAUACCCCAGUACAGAAGGAAGCCCUGCCUUAUACCCCAGUACAGAAGGAAGCCCUGCCUUAUACCCCAGUACAGAAGGAAACUCUGCCUUAUACCCCAGUACAGAAGGAAAUCCUGCCUUAUACCCCAGUACAGAAGGAAACUCUGCCCUAUACCCCAGUACAGAAGGAAACUCUGCCCUAUACCCCAGUACAGAAGGAAAUCCUGCCUUAUACCCCAGUACAGAAGGAAGCCCUGCCUUAUACCCCAGUACAGAAGGAAACUCUGCCUUAUACCCCAGUACAGAAGGAAACUCUGCCUUAUACCCCAGUACAGAAGGAAGCCCUGCCUUAUACCCCAGUACAGAAGGAAACUCUGCCUUAUACCCCAGUACAGAAGGAAGCCCUGCCUUAUACCCCAGUACAGAAGGAAGCCCUGCCUUAUACCCCAGUACAGAAGGACCACAUGGCCUAUAGAUCCUUUAUUACAUCAUUAGAGGGAAUCAGAUGAUGUGACUCAACAAUCUUCAACCUAACACAGAGUCACACCCCAAAGUGUGAGAAAGUCAGUCUGAAAGCCUCGGUGACCAGUCAGGAGGGAGUAUCACCCCCCGUUUCCCCCUUAGGCACACGAUGUGUUGAACGGCUGCCAAGGGCCACACGGAGUGAGCGGAUCAUAAACAGAGCGAUGUGCUCUCUCUCUGAGGCCCCGAUGGACGUCGUUAAUCGAGGCACAGUGAAGUGUUUACACAGGAUGAUAAAUAAGGAGCUCUCUCUGACAGCAGGGGAUGAUUACUUGGUCAUGUCGGUCGGCUCCCCAAUGGCCCAGUGAUACAGAGGACUAGGUUCUCUAAUGGCCCAGUGAUACAGAGGACUAGGUCCUCUAAUGGCCCAGUGAUACAGACCGGGGCAGAUGCAAGAAUGAGGAUUUUUCAGACCAGGGCGGAUGCAACAAUGAGGCACUUUCAGAGCGGGGCAGAUGCAGCAAUGAGGAUCUUUCAGAGCGGGGCAGAUGCAACAAUGAGGCACUUUCAGAGCGGGGCAGAUGCAGCAAUGAGGAUCUUUCAGAGCAGGGCAGAUGCAGCAAUGAGGAUCUUUCAGAGCAGGGCAGAUGCAGCAAUGAGGAUCUUUCAGAGCAGGGCAGAUGCAGCAAUGAGAAUCUUUCAGAGCGGGGCAGAUGCAGCAAUGAGAAUCUUUCCGAGCGGGGCAGAUGCAGCAAUGAGAAUCUUUCCGAGCGGGGCAGAUGCAACAAUGAGGAUCUUUCAGAACAGGGCAGAGAAAAUAAAAAUAAGAAAAGCAGGUUUAAUUGUAACAGAAACAUGAUGUCAGUCAACCAAUUUCUUUAGUAAAAAGACAGGUGCUGCUGCUAACGCUGCCAUCGUCAUCAAGGAUGUUGGAAUUAUUUUGGGAUGAACGUGCAAAAGUAACCUACUUUUUAAAGUGAUUUGUUUGACAAUCAGAUGAAAACAUCAUGACUGGUUGUGGUCAUGGUACAUUAAAAGAAAAUUGUUACAGUUAAAUGACAUGUCUUUACUAUAAAACCCAUAGGAGGGGGGAUGGUGGGGAAGCUCAGACUGACCUCUGCCUGGGUCCUCCAAAUCACUAAGUCCGCCCCUGUACAGAGGAAUAGUUACAGGCCCUCUAAUGGCCUAUGUGAUACUCCGCACCUAGUGUUUUCCCAACACAGUCCUAGGUUCCCCCUUAAACACUUCACAUAUUUGAUCUAUUCCAGCACUAGCGCACCAGAACAGGAUCAGGAUGGUAUUAUCCAGUGCUGCAUUAGACUAUGUGUUAUUUACUAGGAAAUUGAUUCAGCUUACAGAUCAGCAAAUGGAUACCAACAUAUUUGGCAGAGAGGUACACCAUUGCAAUCAAAUACAUGGAGUUAUAUUCAAAUUAUAUCACUAUUUGAAGACGCUGCAUUUAGUUGAGAAGCUGCUAUCUUGCUACUCUGUGCCUUUGAGUAUUUCUCCACUUGGUCCUAUCUCUGUGUUUGUUAUUCCAAAGGUUUACUCAAUCUAUGAAGUCACCAACAACGGGUCAUUCCACAUGCCAACCAAAGCAAUGCUAUGUACUAAAGGUCCAGUUCCUCUUUGUUUUUGCAGCUCCUCCUCCCUACAGUCUAACCUUUUCCCUUGAAUGUGUGAUUUGGCGACACGUGUAGCUCAAUUAAAGUUAUUUAAUUUUACA